AAUUCUGCGCGUGCAGCACAGAAGUUCUCGAAAUAAUGGUCUGUUCGAUAUAUUCGAAUGUUUGAAUAUGGUGGGUUGAAAUUAUAGCGAUGAAUUCCUACCCUGUCCUUCUUUUUCUUUCCCUUUUAAUCUUCCAGGGUAACCAAAAUAUAGGAGGUGUGGAACAUGACAUAGUAGAUGUCACAGACGGCCUUGAAUUACAGAAAGUUUUCGAUCAGUCUAACAGAGGACAGAUACCGACAGAGGCCACUUUAUCAAGUGCCGAGGAAAAAGAUUUGUUAGCAACGGAAAAUGACAGAGGGAGCCGAAACCUGCAUGAUAUCAGGUUGAAUAGAAAUUAUGAACUGAAGGGGCGAUUAAAUAUUGAUUCGGAUGGACUUGCAGAUCAAAAUCAAGCCACAAGGGACAGUGUUGCCAAAGUCGACAAAAUUAAGUUGGCUGAACCUGCAAAAGUUGGUGAAGCAGCUCAAUUGGAAUCUUUGAACGCAGGGACACCUUUCACUGCUGUUCCAGCUUCGAACUCCUCAUCUAUGCCGCCACAACCCUACAUCCUGAAAGUGAAGAACACGCCAGCCAGAGCUGAGUUAGACGACAUUUAUUUUUUAUUUAUAGUUAUUGGUUGUAGUGUGGCUGGCAUUGCAGGACUAGCACUAGCAGGAUACUGUUGGUACAAGCUCCACACGACUGCAAAAGCUGUAAGUGAAGCAGAAUAUUCAAGUUAUGGUGCAACAAAACAGGGUGGUCAAGUGUCCCAGGGUGACCAUAAACUUGAUUACAGUGCGGAAAUAUAUCAUUACCAACAGACAAAGAGUCAGCUUUCAGCCCUGGAAAAAGCUAGUGGUGUGAAGGGUGGCAUCAAAGGGGAAACUCUUGAUGAUGAUGAUAACAGUGACGAAGGAGAUGAUGAGGAUUAUACUGUGUACGAGUGUCAUGGGCUGGCUCCGACUGGUGAUAUGACAGUUGUUAACCCCUUGUUCAGUGAUCAAGAGGUAGUUGGAAGUGAUCAAGAUGGAAAUGGUGACAAGAGUGGAGCCAGUGGUCAGGGAUCUCCUGUGGCCCCGCGCCAUACAUUCACAGAGUCUUAAAUUAAUAUUAUAGCUAAUAACAAAUAUUAGUGCCACAGAGUUUAAGUUGUUUUAUUUUUCUGACCAGUGGUGGGAAUGUUUGUUAUAUAUGUCAUUUGUUUUGGGUCCUAAAAUUAUGUACCAGGGUGCAUCUUCAUGUUUCUUUUUUGAAAAUAAUAUUUUCCAUGUGUUUUAAAAACAACUGGUUUUCAAUAUGAAAUAAGAUAUCCUUCUAAAACUAUAAUUGUAUUCAUAAACAACUGUCUUUUGUAGUUUGGGUAUCUUCAGUUUCAAAGGGACUUUAUAUUUCUCAAAAUGUUGAUGCACCCCUAGAUUAAAUUGCCUUUUGGUGAAACCCAAGGAGUGAUGGUAGGUGACGUGAAUAAUAUCAUGGAGAAGAGUUUUAUACAAAAAAAAUUAUUGAAAAUUUCAAAUUAUAAUUUUUAUAUCUGGGUCUUUGGUACAAAAUUUCUGUUAAUCAUUAUAAAUUAUUUCACAUUUACCAAAUUGUAAAUAGUUAAUAAUAUCACUCUGGUGUUAAAGUUGCAAACCAGGUGAUCAGUGUUGGUGAUUGUAAUAAUGGUUUUACCAUUAAAAUAUCUUGUAUUCAUAUAUAAAAUGAUAGCAAUUAUUAUUAUUGGUAAAUUUUGAUUGUUGUGGAAAAGUGUGUUGUGUUACUUGAGGGACUGGUUGAUUAAAGUUGGUAACUAACAACCUUGUACUUCCACAAUAUAUUGGUUGGGCAAGAGUCAUUUGACAAGUCUGUAGAGAUAGUAAUUUCAUCUAUUAUAAUUAUUUUAAUAUUAAAUGAGACUUAAUGUUAAAAACUUCUAACAGGUAAUUGCAGUCUUUGCAACAAGGAUAUAAGUUACCAUCAACCGUUUAAGAUUUUGAACGAUUUUAAAGGAAGUUUUAAAAUUAUGCAUAAGAGCCAUUUGGUGAGUCAUGUUAGCUCUUGAGGGUGGCUAAGCAGUAAUAUACACAGUUAUUAUUAAUGUUAUUACUAUAAUAAUUAUUUUUUUUGGUAGUAGUGUUAUUUUUCUCAACAUAGUCCCUUGACAUCUAUGUGAGAACUAAUUUUAGGAAAUCAACUAUCUUUACAGACUUUUGUAUGGAAACUAAUUAUAACAAUUUAAUUUGUAAAUGACACCUUUAAGCUAAUUGAGAGCUUGGUUACACAGCACAGAUAACAACUUUGCUAUUGUUCUUUGCAAGAAAAUAAUUAGGUUGUGUCAGGGAUACUCUGUAGCUAUCUUGGUACCUAGUAAAAUGUCUGAUAAUCAAUUUUUAACAUGAAUUCAAAGGUAUUUUUGUGGCAUACAAAUCUUCGCGCAGAAAUUGUUUCAUCGUUUGCAAAAGUAGAAAAUACAGAAGAAGUAACAAAUUCUGUGAGUUAGAGGAACAAGAACAUUAAGAUGACUUAAAUGGUUUGGAAAUAAGAGACUUGAAAUUUAGGAACUCUGAUUCAUCAUAUAUUUCUUGUAUGACUUGUAGGUUUUUCAGUCGUUGCCACUACAGUAUUAAUUGUUAAAUUUUUCUCAGUAACUGUCUACAAGACAAGUAUAUUGUAAGGAGGUGGUGUUUAUACAUCACUCUUACAAUGAGUAAUAUUGAAGUUAACUGUAAUAACUUUGUUCAUAGGAACAGAAGAUUGAGUUGUUCCUCAGGAUACUGGUAUAUAUUUAUAUUUAAGGAAUACGAGACAAUCUAAGGUCAAUAAUAUUUGCCUGAUUGUUAAAAUAUUCUUGAAAGCUCUUGGGGUUAAGUUUUCUACAUGCUAUUCUUUGACUCAUUCGUAGUAGCUCAGUAAAAAGAGCUGUGUAACCAAGCUCCAUGAAUAUGUGUGACUUCUAGAGAUGUAGGGACACAGGUGGCUAAGAAUACACUAAAUAAUUCUGUAAACCCAUAAACUAUAAACAUAGCUUCCAUGGA